CCUUCUCGCUCUGAGACGCCCCAGUCCCGCCCCGCCACCGCCUCAGGGGCGGUGCCGCCCGGCGCUAUUCCCCCGCCGCGCUCCGCUCCGCCCCGGCAGCCUGGAGGCGCCGGGGGGCGCCGGCUGUCGGGUUCCUGCCAUUUCCAUUAACCUUUUGGCAUUUAUCCCGCGAUCGACAUCUUCCUUGCAGGAAGCAAGGCUUUUGGGCCUGUAGCACUCAGUUAAGGUUGGAAAGAUGGGAAAUGCAGAUAGCAAUGCCUAUCGGAACCACCUUUCCAGAUUUCUUCCUGAGGAGCAGUCUGACAUUGAUGGAGUAUUCGAUGCCAUAUCGGGAUCAAGUGGCUCAUCAGCAGCAAAAAAUGGAAAAGCUACGAAGAAAACUGUGACUCUGGGAGCGCUACAGGCAUAUAUGCGAGAACCAUUACCAGAGCAAAUGACUGUUCGGUUGUACAAUGGAAUGAAAAGUAUUGACCUGACUGGGAAAUCAUCUGAGCCCAGUGAACAGAUUGCUAAGGAGCAGUUUGUAAUUUUUAUGUCAAACCUCUUGAAAGGGAAUGCAGAUGAGAAGAUUACCAUAAUAAUGAGAAUGAUCUCCACGACAGAAGGUCCUGUGAAGGGCAAGCAAAUCCAAGAGUUCACAGAGGAUCUGAUCAUGUCUGUGGUCCAUGUACUGAACUACAGGAAGGAACUGAAAGGUUGGAAUUUGGAGAAUACGAGGGAUUCUGCAGGUGGAGUAAAGGCUCUGGCUUCUCAGCUGCUGUCAGAACUGAAGCUUGCAGAUGGGGCAACACCUGUGGGUCCUCAGCUAAUGGAGAUGAAUUUUGAUCAAAGUGCCAUUGAGGAUUGGGUGUACCGAGUUCCACACAUCUCAACUUUUCUCAGUGUUGUUAUCAGGCAAGGCCUCCACGUUCUGCACUCUCUCCCAGACCAAACCAAAGAAAUAGUCAACUUGGUUCCAGGCUGCAAAGGCAUCAAAGGAAGAGGACUUGUCAGUCUCUUUGACAUCCCAUCCAUCAUAUACAUCAACUCCCAUUUGCCAGCAGAGCUGCAGCACAAGUGGCGGCUUUUGUUUUCUUCUAGACUUCACGGAGAAAGCUUUUCACAGUUAUGUGGGCAUAUAGUGAACAAAGGUCCCUGCAUAGUGAUCCUAAGGGACUUAGAUGGCUAUAUCUUUGGUGGGUUUGCAUCUCACUCCUGGGAAGUGAAACCACAGUUUCAAGGUGACAACAGAUGCUUUCUGUUCUCUGUUUUCCCCUCUCUUGCUGUAUAUACAUACACAGGGUAUAAUGACCACUACAUGUAUUUGAACCAUAACCAACAAACAAUGCCAAAUGGACUAGGUAUGGGUGGACAACAUGAUUACUUCGGCCUCUGGGUAGACAGUGACUAUGGGAAGGGACACAGUAAAGCCAAACCUCGAUGUACCACCUACAACAGCCCUCAGCUGUCAGCUAAAGAGAAUUUCACACUGGAUGCCCUGGAAGUUUGGGCAGUGGGAGACUUGCCUGAAAGUACAGAGACAAAAGGUAAGAAGAGUAUCUUGGAUGUGGAUCCCGAGGCCCAGGCCUUAUUAGAAAUGGUUGGAAAAAGCCGUCAGAGCGAAGGUUUACGAGAACCCAUUGAAGAUGACGAAGAUAACUAAGAGAUUCACAGUAACAUGAAACCCCCUUUUUUUUGCUCCUGAAUUUUCAUGUUCUUUGGACAGGAUUCAGGUUCUUCCUCUUUCAUUUUUUUUCCUUACAUUUACCUAAUUAUCUGGGACUAAGCAUAAGUCUCGUACUUAUGUAACAUUUAGGUCCAGUACAAUAUCCUGCCCGAAGGAUUUAGCCUGGGGAAGACAGAAAAAUUAACUAGGUAUUUAAAAGAUAUCUAAUGAUUAAGUUCUAGUUGAUUGUGGACUUAGUAGCAUUUCUGAUAGAUCCUGCCUGCAUAUAGAGUUUAAAAACAAAAGAAUAACUUAUUGACACUACUGCUUAUUGACUUGGAGAAUUAACGAGUAUUUACAUAAAGACUAGAUAAUACUUUGAUUAAGGCUCUUACACCUUGACUACAUGUAUUUAUUUGCAUGCAAUGAAAUUAGGUGGUGAAGCUUACAAAUUGUAAUUGUAUCUUACCUUGGUAAACAUAGAAUAGUUCUCAUGAUUCCAUAUGAAGAAUGCUGUUAAUUUGCAUUGCUGCAAUUAAAGCAGUGAAUCUCAGUCUUUUCUAAGUCAGAUUUUAAGCAAGUGAUUCUACAGGCUGUAAGGUGCAGGAUGGUAAGUAUACAGUGUUGAGUUUUAUGGUGAUACACUACAGUUUAGUGAAGCUUGCUUAAUAUGUUUCUGGAGAAACUUGCCUAUUGUUUUUUUAAACUUAGGAGAACAAAGCCAUUGGAAUCAUUGAGGCAUAUUUAUUCUAAGAAUGGGCCAACCCUGUGCUCCCAGAACAAAUAUACCUCAUGCAGAAAUUCUCAAGGGGAGGUGCAUUCUUUAGUAGAUCUGCUUUGAGACUGGAGAAAAAGAUGAGUCUGUAGAAAGGAUUAAGGAAGAAAGCAUCCACAGGUAAUUGGGACUAGUAUCUGCAGAUAGUUUGCAAAUAAAUAAAAUUUUAAAAAUCAGGCUUAUGCCUUUAACUUCUCUGAAGACUAAUGCACAUUCUAUUUCCACAUAAUUGUCACUGUAUUAUGGAAAAAAGUGCAAAACAUAACUAGCAGGUUGUUUUUUUUCUCUGUUUUGUUGGCUGUUCACCAGCCAAGACCAGUUUUGUGAACUCUCCACUCAGGGCUUUUUCUACUUAAAUCUAUUCACGUGUUUUUUAGUAUGACCUUGCUAAUUUUCUGUGUAAUUAACUUGUUAAAAAUAACCCUAAUUUCUAUCAGGGACUGUAAUUUCUAGCUCAGCAAAUGGUGUUUGGUUAUUAGGAAGAGAAAGGCUGACUGUCACACACACUAAGUAAAAGGACUGUGUCAGUUCCUCCUUGUACUAGCAUGAAUUUGUCAUAGGAAAAGUUUGAUUUCCAUGCAUCAUAGAGUAAAACAUACACUGUAAGUCUGUAUUAUUGCUGCAAUUCCUGAUCACGUGGCCUUCCUUCAAAUGCUUUCCAUUAACAUUUUCUUGUAUGUGGUCUUUUCCCUCCUCUGAUGCUUUUCAGAGGGAACCACUUCUGAAUAUUCAGAAUAAUCUGUGCUUAUGCCUUAAUAUAGAUCCCACUUUUGUUGCUGUAGUAGUUAAACAAUGUGAAUUUAGCCUUGAGAGGAGAACAUGAAAAAGUCUCUGCAGCCAUGCAUCGUGGAACUCUGCUUAGCAUUUAACAUGCUGCCUGCACUAAUGAUCAGAGCAUGUAUGCUGUGAAAGGCCUGAGCUUACUGCUUUUAUGUUGUGGCUAAGUAAAUAAACAAGAUAGUUUCCCAAGAUUGUGGUUGGGGAGGUUAAAAAAAAGAAAAAGUAAGCCUUGUAAGAGUUAUACUGAUCCUUUAUGUAAUUUGCUAUCUGUAUUUUUAUAAGAAUCUUAAAGGGUAUACAGUAGAAAAUACUGUAUAGACAGCUACUAAGUACACGAUGCUUUCUGCAAGUGUGGUGAUGCUGGCUUUGUUUUAACAUGGUAUUGUCAAACUCCCACCAUAAGCCUCAGAAGCAUUCUUUGUCCUAGGCAAGGGCUAAGCUUACUAAAUGCUGCUGAAGUGGAUGACGUGCAGAAAUGAGACAGUUGAACUUCUGCAAUUACACGUUGAGCAAACUGCUAACCUUUCUUUUUGUCCCGUAAUGAGGCAGAUACUUUUCCUUGAGGACUGAAACCGUUUGCAAGGAUAUUUAAAAAAAA